AUGGUCUCCGAGGUUAGCAGCGUCGCUGGCAAGGCAUACGACUACGUCGUUAUUGGUGGUGGGACGGCAGGGUUGACCGCAGCCUCUCGACUCGUCGAAGGCUUCCCAGACCGCUCUGUUCUUGUCUUGGAGGCUGGCCUACCGAACCUCGACGACCCGAGAAUUCUGCUCGGAGGCCAGUUCGGCGGCACCUUUGGAGAUCCCAAAUAUGACUGGAUCUUCACGACAAAGCCGCAAAAGCAUUCCCUUGACAAGGUCAUGACAUGGAAUCGCGGGAAGGGUCUCGGUGGUAGCUCCGCCAUGAACUUCUACGUGUGGACGAAGCCGCCCAGGGAAGCUAUGGACGCCAUCGAGGAGCUUGGAAACCCUGGAUGGAACUGGAAAGCGUACCAGGAGUUGACGAUGCGCACCGAAGACUUCUCGGAGGCGACCGCAGACCAGCUCAAAGAGCUCGUCCACACUCACAACGCCGAGUACCGCGGCAAAGGAGGCCCACUCAAAACGACGGUCCCCGCAACCGCCGUCUCGCUCACGAAGGGCUUCCUGGACACGCUUCAGAACAUGGGCGUGCCGCUUCUAGAUGAUCCCUACGGCGGCAAUAUCACUGGAUGCUGGCAGGCGUCAGUAAGUCUGGACCGCACGACGGAGUGGACGCGCUCGUACGCCGCGACGGCGCACUAUCUUCCGAACAAGGACAAGCCCAACUUCACGGCAUCUAGCGAUGGUGUCACUGCGACUGGCGUGGAGUUCAUCCACGACGGCAAGACGUACAGCGUCAAGGUUAACAAGGAGGUCGUUGUCUCCGCGGGCACAAUCAAGUCCUCGCAUAUCCUUGAGCUCUCGGGCAUCGGCCGUCGGGACGUACUCGAGAAGGCUGGCAUCCCUGUCAAGGUGGAGCUGCCAGGCGUCGGCGAGAAUGUCCAAGACCACACGCUCUGCGAUCAAGAGCGGCAAGCUCCCUCCGGGGCUCGCGAGCAGUACAAGAUCCAGCUGCGCAUCCUCCAGGACGCCCAUGCACCGGAUUUGGAGGUCAUCGACAUGAACUGCUACCUGAGCCACGGAGUGACCGCGCCUGAGGAUGGCAAGCCCUAUCUCACCGUCCUCGCCGUCCUUCAGAAUCCAUUCUCGAGGGGAAGCAUUCACACGAAGUCGAGCGACCCCCUCGAGCAGCCUGAGAUUGAUGCCGCUCUGUUCGAGAACCCAUACGAUCUCGAGAUGCUGAAGGAGAGCGUCAAAUACACGAAGCGCAUGUCCGAGACCGAGCCGUUCAAGUCGCUCGUCGUCCGCGAGGUCGACCCAGGCAAAGAGAACUCCACCGACGAGGAGAUCAAAGAGUACCUCAAACGCUACGCGCACACGUGCUGGCACGCCAUCGGCAGCAACAGUAUGCUGCCGCGUGACAAGAACGGCGUCGUCGACCCGCAGUUGAAGGUGUACGGCACGACGAACGUCCGCGUCGCAGACUUGUCGAUCUACCCUCUCCACUUCGCGUCCCAUACGCAAUCCGCAGCAUACUACGUUGGCGAGAAGGUGGCGGACAUCCUCAAGAGCGCGUAA